CUCUUUUUUAUCAUGUCUCCCUUUUAUCUGAAGAGAAUUACAAUGUGGCAUGCUGUAAACAACGAAACAGAAGUCCCCGUACAUCUUUUUCUUCUUACUCGUCUUUUUGUUUGAUUUUUUCAAAAAAUCUCUAACUUGAUAUCGUAAUGCGCUUGCUUAGUAUAACACUUAUAAUAUCACUCUCGAUACUCUUCGUUGAUGGACGAAAAGUAUACAAAAGAGCCGAAGAAACAGGUAGCGUGUCAUCACCCUCAGCUCAAGAAACCUUAGUUUCAAGCAGUCAACCGCAAGCAACUUCUAUAGCUGUCGCUACAGCGCAAACAGGAUCAGGAAGUCCAGUAAUUGGAAGCACAGCUGCUUUCUCAGGAAAUGGAACACAAGCAAAUGCGACUCAAUCAGCUCCUGUUAAUAAUGCCAACCCGUUCGCAGGCAAACCCACUUAUGCAUCUUUUUCGAACGAUAUACCACCUGCUUAUUUGACAUGGAAAAAACCUAUUCCUAAUCAAACUUUCCCUCCAUUAUACAAAAUUGGCGUCUCUAAUAUAACUUUUGAGUGGACAGUAGAUCCAAAAGUACUAAAGGUUCAGCCUGCUAAUUUGACAGUAGCUUUGGCAAAUCCACAAAAGCAAACUUACACGGCAGCCGUUGUUCCAGGCACGGCAACAUCAGCUAAUUGGGAUUUGGCUCGUUUACCGCCAGAGUCACCAUUGAUGGUAGGUUACUAUACCGUUUGGGUGUAUGAUCAGAGAGGACCUAAAGCAUUUCCUAGUCCUGGCUGGUUGAUGCCGGAUUCAAGAUUGGUCGUCGCUAUGUAUUCUACAGAAGCAUAUGUCGGUAGAACAGAUUCCAUGUUUUGUCCUACAUGCUAUUUGGGUGGAAGUAGAUCAUUUCAUGAAUCCUUUAUGCCACUGAUAACAGCCGUUGGUGUUGCAGUUAUAACGUCAAUUGUAAUACUUGUUUCAGCCCUUAAAUGAUCGUUAACUUGCUUUUAAAAGCUUAAUAUAUACCUCACAAUUGAACUUAUUUAAAAUAAAUUGAGAC